AUGGCGCUGGUGCCGAACCCAAGCCAACCGGGCCUCCGGAUCUACAAACCGAGUUUCUCCUACUGGUACCCUUCGCUGGAGCAAGACUCCGAGUCCAGAUCUCAUCUGCUGCACAAGAUCGGCGCCUUCUGCCGCAAGGCGCGGAAGCGGCUCCCGCGCAGCCAGAACCGCCAGCCGCAGGGCCUCUGCGUCGGCCUCCUCGACCCGGUCUCCAACAUCGUCAUCAACAGUCUCGUCUUCUCCCGCAAGUGCAAGCGCGACCACGGAUCUACUACUUGCGAUGCUGUGCUACAGGAGGACCUGGAGCGCCGCUCGCUUGACGGCCUGGUGGCCUUCCUCACCCGCUUGUUCCCCAACCUCGCCGAGAGCCUGGCCGUGCACUACCUGCGUCUUGCCGACGCCGACACCCUCGUCGCCGCCCGUGUCAUCGUGGCGCACCACGGCAUGAAGAGGUUUGAUGACUCGGAUCCCGCCGUCCUGGACAUGGCCCCUCUCAAGUGUGCCGCGCUGGCCGUCCGGCACCCCGAUCCCGACCAUCUCGUCUAUGCCUGGCGCAACAUCUCCGGCCGCAUUGACGACGCUCUGCACCUCCUCGCCUGUUUGCACAAACCCUCGUCCGACCGCUCCCAUGGCACUAGCAAGCUCGCAAGGAUGCUUAAGACACCACCAUCCCGCCGCUCCUCCAUCAUUAGCAAGCUCACCAGGAUGGUUAACAACGGACCACCGCCUGGCUGUGAAGAGGACGUGUGGUGGGCGUGGCGGCUCGCGGCAUCUCGUCGCAGUCGUCCCUGCAGCGACCCAUACCUGCACACCGUCUUGCUCAGCCGGACGCUCCAGGAUGCCAUCCAUGGGUUCUACCUCCAGGCCCUCGCCCGGUUGCCAGCAGGCUCUAGCUUCCACCGCAGCCUGCUCAAGGCCGGCUACUGCUACGGCCCGCUUGAUCCCGUCUCCAACAUCAUUGUCAACACCAUCUGGUAUGACGCUGCGUUCCCGCGUACGAUGAAACUCGAGCUGGACCUGGAUGUGAUCGGCACGCUGGGUCUCCACCGGGUGGAGAACCGCUCCUUGUAUGGCCUGGCCUCCUUCCUCUGCACACGUUAUCAUCGCUUCGAUUUCCAUCAAGCUGUGCAAUGCCUGGUCCAGGCAGAUGCCAACCUUGUGCUCGCCGAUCCCAACCUUGUGCUCGCUGAUCCUAACAUUGAUCCUUCCACUCGUGAUGUGCUGAUGAGGUGCCCACCAUCUGCUACCCCCACUAGCAAUGCUGUUGAAGCUCAAGACCCCCCGGACACCAGUCUCGAGAAAGCCUUCUUGGCCGCUGCCACCGCAGCCUCUCACCCCAACCCGGAAGCCCAUAUAAAGCUUCUCACUUCGUGUAAGCUGAAGUCUGCCUUUCGUCUGCUGCAUCGUCGGCCUGACAGGCUCUCUUCUCAAGAUGUUAAGCGGCUUGCCAUGUUGCUGUGUCCCGAAUCUGCUCAUGACUGCAAGAGGGCAUUUCUCCCACUCCCCCUCACAGUUUACCCCCGUGCAAAGCUAGCAGGCAUGUAUACAAGAAUCUCCAAGAAGGUCAACGCUCUGCUGAAUGCAUAUGCUCAGAUGCCAAAUGGGGAUCCCAAAUUCGAGCUUCAUACGAUUUGUGGUGUGAAUGAUCGUGUCUCCGGCCCUACUUCCUUUCCUCCUAAGUAUGGCCACUCUCAUGUCAAUUUCGUGGCUACUCCCAAAAGCCCUUGUGGUGGUGCUGCGGCUUUGUUUUUUGCUGAAAUUAGCAACAAUGACCAAGACGACGAGUCCUUCUGUUGCCAUGUUGCUCUCCCUCCGCCAUGUGCUGGUAUGCUAUAAGCAAACCAUAUGCCA